AUGGACGCCAUGGACGCCAUAGACCUGAUGAUCCUGAAUAAGAGCGUUGCUGCUGCGGCUGCUGGCGCUGCGCCGAGCAGCAAGCAGCUGUACAGCCUUGUUGGCGCCCUGGGAGACAGACGUGAGCCCCUCAACCAACUAUACGCAGAACUUGGUGCGCUCAGGGAAAUUCUAGAAGCGCUGCGUACGAACCUUGAUGGCUCAUUGAGUCGCGUCACCAAGAACCAACAGCAGAUGCUGCAAGAAUGCCGCCAGAUACUUCAAGACUACAAAAUAGUCUGCGAUGAACUCUUUGUCGAACUCAGUGACAACAUUCAGCCUUCGGCUUGGGAGAAUGAUGAUAUCCAGGACGACCUCGUCGCAAUUUCUGACGCCACGGCCAAACUGCAUAUAUGGAAGAUGCGCCUCGACCCUAUGGCUAAAGUCAUGCAGUUUAACCCAGACAACACCGACAUGGCUAAAGCUCACGAAGUGGAAAAGACGAUUGCAAAUACCCGACGAGCCAUCUUUUUAGAGCUACGUCAAGUCGAGUCCAAGCUCAUAUCAUUCGGCCAUGGGCUGGACGUUCGGGAGGAAACAGACCCUGCCGUAUGGGACAUACUCCAAAAGAUUAUACUGCCAUGGAAAAUACGGCAAGCCGCUUUGUCAAAAAGCAUCAGCGUGUGCGAAAAUAUUGCUGAGGUCCUGAAGGAAAAGCAAACACCUGAAAUCGCUGAGUAUAUCGACAUUGAGCAUCGUUGUGAUUUUACUCCAGCACGGCAGACUGCAGUAAAGCAUCCUUGGGUGCGGCAUUCCGGAAGCAUAUGCACGGCAGAGUACGACUAA